AGUGGCGGUGAAUAUAAAAGUUGAAAAAUUCUCAAUUUUUCUUUGUUUUCGUUUGAAAAAUGUGGCUAUAACGUAACAACAAUGUACAUAUUUAACCGUUUAAACGCUAGCAGACCUUCUCAGCUUUAAGCAGAGACUGUAAUCGUAGCAAAAUCAUGCAAAUCUAUUGAGAUUCAACGUGAUCUUUGGUUUUAUCAUGUCGGGCAAAGGUCGAUUCGCAGAGAAAGCUCCGAACCUCGGGGAAUUUCGCUUUAUCGGCGGAGGCGAUGGUGAUCAUGAAGGCUCUCUUGCAUUCAGCGAUAUUUCUUUUCCAUCGCACGUCAGCGAUCUCGAAUCGUUUCAUUCGGAUUUGGAUGUUAGCAUCAACAGCGUGCAAUCGAGAGAGAGUAUGUCUGCCGCAGACGAUGAUCGUGAAUCCAGUCGUGAGCAACUAGAAAGGCGAUCUCAAAGUGGAGGAGACAAUCGGGAGAGUUUCGGGAAACUACCAGAUCUUCCUGAAAAGGCAUCUGAAAAUGUCGAUGUUUUGCUAGCUGCUCUUAAAGCCGCUACUUUGCAAGAUUCAAGCAGUGAAAGAAGUAUUGAUUCAAACAAGUCAGGAAGUAGUAACUCAAACCAGGACAGCACAAGAUUUAUAAGCAGAGAAUCCUUUCCUGAGAGUGUUCUGGCAGAAGCCUCACAAAGUUGGGUAAAAGAAUCAGGCCAUUUGGGUGAAGGUAUGCCUGCAGACAAGCCACCUUCGGCGGGCAGUGAGGAACGCGAUACGUCAUUGGUUAAACCAAGUUCAGAUUCCAGAUUGUCCGAGAAAUUUCUCGCGCCAAGUAAAACGCCAGACAAUGGUCGCAGCGGAUUUUUUGGCGCCGAUAAAUCUGACCGAAGUCCGUGGUCAUUCAGCGGGGAUAGCUUGUGGUUCCAGACCCCAACGCCUGCUCGGCCUGGGGAUUCCGUUGUUGUGGCUAAGAACGAUUCCUUAUCCAAUCAAUUAUCCGGAGCAAAAGCCAAACCCUCUUCAUCGUCAACACCAGUCGAAGAAAACCCGUCAAACAAGUCUUUGAAUCAGUCAAACCAGUUUCCUGCAAGAGCUUCACUCUCCAACGAUACAUUUCCUCCACAAAAGGAUCGAUUGAGCGAAAUGGAUUUCAGUGUAGCAGCUUACAAUCCUUUUGAUGCAAGUUACGAUAACGCUGGCUUGAGUGGUGGCCUAUCGACUAAACCAUCGUCCGAAAGGAAUACUAAACCAAGUUCGUCAUCAACACCAGUCGGGGUUGACCCGUCAGAACGACUGCGUGGCCAGUCAAGCCAGUUGAAGUCAAACCUUGUCAAACCUUCCAUCUCCAAAGAUGUGUUCCCUUCACAGCAAGAUGCAAUGAGCAACAUGGAUUUCAGCACAGCCGCUUACAAUCCUUUUGAUGGGAGUCUGAUGGACCGGGCUUCGAAUGCUCAAGGGAUGGAAAUCGGAUCGAGCAUGUUUGGAGAUGGCGAUGGAUUUGUCGGUGAUGAUGCUCAAGAUGGUUUUUCGUUUCAGACAGCAGAUGAUGCUGCGAAACGCCUUGACCAGGAUGAAAAAAUUUUCGAGGAAAAUCAUCGUUUUGAUAAGGAGGAUGCAAUGAUUGAUGUUGCUGGAAAAUCUUUUUCUUAUUACAUUCUUCCUGGCGAGAGCUCCCACAGGUCUCCAUCCAUAAUCGGUGUAAACGACCCGAACGAUAAGGGAGAGGUUAGGAUUUCAUUCGGCGAGUUUUUCGCUGCCAAGACUGGGGAACUGGGAAGAUUGAGCGAUGUCAAUGAAGACAGACCAAGACCUCAGUUCAGCGACACACGAGACUGCAAAGUGUCUCCGACCGCUAUACCACCUCGUCAACUGUACAGACCAUCGUCACCGGAGGGUAGCGAGAGAGAUACUUCAUAUCAGCCUAGUUUUGCGGACUUGGACAAAGAUCCGCGAAAGUGGGCUCGAAACGACCAAUCACAAGCCAAGGAACAUGUUGCCAUGGCGGCUAGAUCUUUGCCUUGUGGUGCUGAGGCUGACGAUGAGAAGGGAAGAGGGACCCGCGAGGGGAAAGGGGCGGCAGAGGAAGUCCUCUAGAAAAGAAGAU